AGGCAACCCUGACGGGGAUGUGCUGUGGUCGCCUCGCAGAUGCCGGAUGUGAACGAGACGUCCACGUACAAUGACUACAUAGUAGAUGAUUUCGGUCCCACAUACUUUUAUUACUGGAUGCUAUAUAGCUUCCUGUUCUGUCUUUUCAUUCACCAUGUGUUAAGUCCUUUCGUAUUCAGACGUCAUAACAGAGCUUACAGAGAAUUCACUCGAGCGAAACGGAUGGAAUGGGAUUCCAGGCUAGUUUCGUCCAUUCACGCCACUGUCGUCAGCGGGUUGUGUGUUUCAACUUUGGUCAAGGAUAGCAAGAUUUGGAUGGAACCUUUGAACUACCCGUCUACCAGUGGACUCACGGCACUUUCUAUUUCGGUUGGCUAUUUUCUCUGUGAUAUGGUUUCAAUGCCGUUGUACUGGCGGGGGAAGGAGCUAUUGAUUUUCACAUUGCAUCAUGCCGCCGCCGCGUUUGCUUUCCAGCAAGUCGUGCAUUACCGCGUAUGCACGUUCUUUGGAGUAUAUCGUCUCACUACGGAGCUUUCAACGCCUUUCAUUAACCAAAGGUGGUUCUAUCGCACGAUUGGAUACAAACCGGACAGACGACGCGUAUGCACAGUUACGCUGCUGUUCGCCGUACUGUUCGCGAUCACGCGCAACUUUAUGAGUAUUCCCUUCUGGUUUAUUGCGUACCGUGCUUUCACUUCUACAAACUGUUCAGCUGUGAGGAAAACUAUACCUUGGCUGGAUUUCGCCUUUUUACCACCCCCGCUUAUACUGGACUGUUUGAAUAUCUAUUGGGCGUCAAAAGCCUACCGUAUCGGUUGGAGAGCAGCGAAGACCCUAUGGCAUGCUGACUGGCGAACCGAUAUCAAGCUUGCUCAAGCUCGAUUUCGGCGAAAGUGGCGGCGUAUCCGUCAACGCCAGCUAUCCGAAAGUUGUGAUCAGGUCGCACCGCCCACUCAGCCAGUCAAACUCCAAAGUGAACCGGAGUUUGUUGAUCGAUUCCUCCAAGAGUCAUCAUCUUCGAGCUAUUCCAGCGAAACCGAAUACGAACCUUUGGAAUCAGAUGAAGAACGCGUACAGCCAGAGACAGUUCGAGACGUUGCCCCAGAGCCCGCGAAUUUGGAUUCUGAUCAAUCUCUGAUCCAACGUCGCCAAUGAUACGCAUUUCAUCCUUAUCACAAUGUUCAGUUCAUUCCUCGCUCACUUGUACCAUAUAGAUCUCCACAGGAUUGUGUGCUCGACCGUGUUCUGUACCUGUACCAACAUCGUUUGUUGCUGUCUACCUAAUAUGUUAAAGCCAGUCUGCACUGCGCUCUGUGCAAACAGUUUGUAUUUGAUAAGCACUGUGGUAUCGCCCGAAUUCGUAAUCCCGUUCGGUCGGUGACAUUGCUUUAUAACUGAUUGUCUGUUAUUGAGAUUGAUUGUCCAGAUGUACUGGUUUU